CAGCUGGGGCUCUGGGGCAUCGACUACUUCGACCUCUUCCUCAUCCACUUCCCUGUCGCCCUUCAGGAUGUCGCCAUCAAAGACAAGUACCCCCCUGAGUGGUGGGGUCUUGACGGCAAUGUUCAUCCUACAAAUAUCCCCAUUCGUGAAACCUGGGAGGGUAUGGAGGAAAUCUGCGAGCUAGGUCACGCCAAGAACAUCGGUGUCUCUAACUUCCAGGGCUCUAUCCUAAUUGACGUCCUGCGCUAUGCGCGCAUCCCGCCCGUCGUCAAUCAGGUCGAGCUUCACCCGUACCUCUCCCAGAAGAAGCUUGUCGCUCUCUGCAAGGAGCUUGGCGUCGCCGUUACUGCCUACUCUUCUCUUGGUCCGCAGGGCUACUAUGAGCUCGGAGUUGACACUGGCCAUCCCAGCUUGCUCAAGCACGAUGUUGUCACCUCGAUUGCGCAAGCCUCCGGGAAGACUCCAGCUCAGGUGAUCCUCCGCUGGGCCGUCCAGCAGGGUAUAGCUGUCAUCCCCAAGUCUAACAGCCACGAACGCCUAGUCAGCAACCUCGAGGUCACCUCCUUCGACCUCACUCCCGAGCAGGUGCAGCAGAUUGACGGCCUUAACAUCAACCUUCGCCUUAACGAUCCCCAGGACAUCCACCCUGGCCUUGGCGUCUUCGCAUAA